AUGGAUCUGCAUGUGGUCGUGCAGUGGGCGGGCACGGGGCCCGUCGUCAAUGGCCUCCAGCGGAAGCGCUGUCUCGGGCACUCGAGCGUCCUCAAUGUCCAAGUGCGCACGCCGUACACGUCAUCGUCCAACGCGUGUCCGCUGACGAUGACACUGGACUUUGCGCCGAGUGUGCGGCUUGGUGCGGUGCCCAUGACGCUGCACCUGCGCAAUGACGCGGCGGCGUCGUCGCCGCCGAUUACGUUUACGCUCGAGACGCUCGUGCCCGAAGAAGAGCACCCGAGCGUCCGCGCGUCGGCAGCGGCGACCACGACAAGUGCGCGCGUGUUUUGGGCCGGCGUCACGCGACGAACGUUUAACGCGCUGCCGCCCGGGGCGCGUGUCGAUGUGCCGCUCACAGCGGUCUUUGGUGCCCCUGGCAUGUACGAUCUGAACCGGUUUCGGUUCAUUCUCGAGCGCGACGGCCAGCGACCGCUCACCGUCUUCUUCCCCGUCGAGUACCUUGUGCACGUGGCGGCGUAA